AUGUAUAGCAUGUAUGGCCGUCCAUCAUCGAGUGGGUCCGACGACGAGGACUCUUCGACCAUGGAUACCACGGGCACGUCGUUGAAACGCAAGUCGUCGACUUCCUCGUCAAAAUCCACUUUUGACAAAAGCGUGGACUCCGUCGUAAAUGACGACAUGGGCGCAGAUACCAGUGACGGCUGUCGCCGCUCCAAGCGCAUUAAGUUGAGGACCCAACGUUCUGGCGCAAUCCCUUUACGUAAGAAAACCCGAAAACUUAACACAAUCGCAAAAAAAAAAAACACUCGAGUUUCUGCCACUAUUGGUAUUAAUGAAAAAUCCGGAGUUCCUGACACCUCCGCCGUUUAUGAGAAUACCAUAGUUCCUGCCGCAGUCCCUAUUCCCGAUGUUCCUGCCGCGAUGUUUGUUGACGAAGUUCCUGCUGCGGUGCUUAUUGACGAUGUUCCUGCCGCGGUGCUUAUUGACGAUGUUCCUGACGUGAUGCUUAUUGAAGAUGUUCCUGACACGAUGCUUAUUGAAGAUGUUCCUGACGCGGAGCCUAUUCCCGAUGUUAUUGAUGCGGUGCUUGUUGACGAAGUUCCUGAAGAGGAGCCUAUUCCCGAUGUUAUUGACGAAGUUCCUGAAGAGGAGUCUAUUCCCGAAGUUAUUGACGAAGUUCCUGACGAGGAGUCUAUUCCCGAUGUUAUUGACGAAGUUCCUGACGAGGAGCCUAUUCCCGACGUUAUUGACGAAGUUCCUGACGAGGAGCAUAUUCCCGAUGUUAUUGACGAAGUUUCUGACGAGGAGUCUAUUCCCGAUGAUAUUGAUGCGGUGCCCAUUGACAAUAUUCCUCGCACCCUCAGAGACGAUCUUCAAGCCGACUCCGAUUCCGAUUCCGACUUCGACUCCGACGGCAACGAUUUCUAUGAUGCCGAUAAUAUCUACGACCAGACGAACGCCUACGUCCACCACUCUGAAAUUGAAACUGACGCCAACGUUAUCUACGGAAACGACAAUGUCUAUGGCAUUCCGGAAGCUGCCACCGACGACGACGACGAGGACAUAAACGCAAAGGCCAUCCUAAGACAGCAGUUGUCGUUACCCGAUUACAACUACGGAAUGGAUAACGUUAAUAACGUACGGGAAGCCGCCGCCGCCGCCGCCGCCGACGACGACGAUAUAAACGCAAAGGCUUUCCUAAGACAGCAGUUGUCGUUACCCGAUUACAACUACGGAAUGGAUAACGUUGGUGACGUCCCGGAAGCCGCCGCCGCCGACUACGACGAGGACAUAAACGCAAAGGCCAUCCUAAGACAGCAGUUGUCGUUACCCGAUUACCACUACGGAAUGGAUAACGUUGGUGACGUCCCAGAAGCCGCCGCCGCCGACUACGACGAGGACAUAAACGCAAAGGCCAUCCUAAGACAGCAGUUGUCGUUACCCGAUUACCACUACGGAAUGGAUAACGUUGGUGACGUUCCGGAAACCGCCGCCGAUGCAGCCGCCGCCGACGACCACGACGACGACGACGAUAUAAAUGCCAAGGCCGUCCUAAGACAGCAGUUGUCGUUACCCAACAUUAAUUAUGAAGCCGACAACAUUGGUGACGUUCCGGUAGCUGCCGCCGUCGAUGACGCCGAUGCCGCCGAUGCCGCCAAUGCCGCCGCCGAUGACGCCCAUGCCGCCGUCGAUGACGCCAAUGCCGCCGCCGAUGACGCCGAUGCCGCCGCCGAUGCCGCCGCCGAUGACGCCGCUGACGACGACGACAACGACGACAUAAAUGCCAAGGCCGGCCCCAGUCAACAGUUGUCGUUACCAAACAAUUCUGAGCUAAUCAAAGAUAUAAAUCUCCAAUCACCAUCAGCCAUAGAGUCCAAAACUAUUUUCAAAAGAGAAAUAGUUGAUAAGGAUCCAAAUGAUCCUACAUUUGGUGAUGGAUUUGAAGUUGAUGAAAUGUUUGGUCAAAUGAGAAGAAAAAACGAAAUUUAUUACCAUCUUAAAUGGCGAAAAGGCAUUUACUCAGGUGUAGGUGUACUUGAGGCUACUAUUAUUUAUAAAAAAUGGCCUGAUAUUGCGCUCACGUUUUACCAGAAAUAUUAUGGAAACUUAAAAGACUGA